AUGUACAGUGGGAGGAAAUACAGAAUGCUAGAAUAUAGAGGAUGCUCGCAACUAUUGGAUGACCAUGUCUUUAAAUAUAAAAUAUGUUUUACAUAUUCUCAAAUAAGAAAGAUAUUUUUUUUCGUACAAAACCCACUAAAUUCAUUUGCCAUAUUAGUUACUAUAUUUUUUAAGUAUAUUGAUAAUAAAAUUGAUGACUCAAAAUACAAAUUAGAGGUAUUGUCAAAACUCAAAGUUUUGAUUUUUAUCUACCUCAUUCCAAUAAGUUUAAAAUGCGAACAAAACAAAGAAAACCAGAAAAUGUGCAUACAGUUAGAUAAAUAUCAUAUGAUGGUUUGUGUGAAAUACUUUAAUACCAUCAACAAUUUCAUCUCCUUUGCUCAAGUUAGCAAAAAGUGCAAAGAAGUGUUUUCAAUGUUUUUUUAUAAUCCACUUCCCAUCAAAAACACAAAAAUAUUCGACAAUAUGACAUAUCAAAUUCUUUAUAAUUCAAACGACAUAGCCGUUUCCCAUGUCGAGAAGUUUGUUUGGGGUCUUCCAGUUUUACCAAACGUCUCAAUGAAUUACUUCAAAAGGAUCCAAAAUAUAAUAUACCAAAAGAAGUCAAUUUUCUUAGGAAAUCGUGUUUUGCAAACCAAAUAA